UUGCACUAAUUUGUGGUGUUGACGAGGCAGGGAUUGGUUACAACAAAGGCUUCUGAGGAAAGCCCUGGAGGUAGACCUGACGGUGUGUGCCCUAACAGAAACAUGGUCCAUAAGUCUUUGGUGGUUGGUCUGCUGGUCCUGCUGGCAGCGGCCGUGGGCACGUUUCUGGGGGUGUUCUUCUCCAGGAGCCCCUCCACUGACCAGGCCUUCUCCAGAGCAGCCGUGGCCGCAGACGCCGGCCCGUGUUCAGAGAUAGGCAGGGACAUGCUCCAGAGAGGGGGCUCAGCGGUGGACGCGUCCAUAGCUGCCAUGCUGUGUGUGGGGCUGAUGAACGCUCACAGCACCGGCAUCGGAGGAGGCCACUUCAUUACCAUCUACAGUGCGACUACUGGGAAGGUGGAGACCAUAGACGCCAGAGAGACGGCUCCUCACAACGCCUCAGAAAACAUGUUUGGUAACAGCACCGACCUUUCCCAGAAAGGAGGGCUGUCCAUCGCUGUGCCAGGGGAGAUACGUGGGUACGAACUGGCACACCGGCGCCAUGGUAAAGUGCCAUGGAAGGAUCUUUUCCUGCCCAGCAUCAAGCUGGCACGAGAGGGGUUUCCGUUAGGCAGGGCCCUGGCCUCGGCCCUCAACAGCAACAGAAAUACCAUCGCCAGGGACCCGGCUCUGUGCGAGGUCUUUUGUGGCCCUGACGAAAAAGUCUUGAAAGAGAAUCAGACCAUCAGGUACAUCAAGCUGGCUGACACCUAUGAGAGGAUCGCAGAGGGAGGUGCGGAUGUGUUCUACCAGGGAGACAUGGCUCAGAACCUCACCAGAGAGAUCCAGGCAGCAGGUGGGAUCAUCACUCUGGAGGACCUGAGAGACUACAAGCCCCUUCUGGAGGAGAACCCCCUCAGGGUGGAGGUGGGGGAGUACACCAUGCUUAUGCCCAACGCGCCCGCCAGUGGCCCAGUCCUUGCCCUCAUCUUAAACAUCCUGAAAGGGUACAAAUUCAGCCCUGACAGUGUGUCAAGUGAUGAGAAAAAGGUCCUGACUUACCAUCGCAUCGUCGAGGCUUUCCGCUUCGCCUACGCAAAGCGAAGCAUUCUGGGUGAUCCACGUUUCCUCAACAUCACGGAUUUCAUCCAAAAUAUUACCUCAGAUUACUUUGCCAACAACAUCCGUCAGAAGAUCACAGACGACACGACGCAUCCGGAAAGCUACUACGAGCCGGAGUACUUUGUACCCGACGACCACGGCACAUCUCACGCCUCCGUGGUGGCGGAGGACGGCAGCGCCGUGGCGAUCACCAGCACCAUCAACCACUUUCUGGGGUCGAAGUUCAUGUCCCCCUCCACUGGGAUCCUCCUCAACAACGAGAUGGAUGACUUCAGCUCGCCACUCAUCACCAACGGCUACGGGGUGCCGCCGUCGCCAAACAACUUCAUCAGACCAGGUAAAAGACCGCUGUCUUCCAUGUGUCCAACCAUCCUGUUUGACAAAAACAACAAGGUGAAGAUGGUGGUGGGGGGCUCCGGAGGAACCAAGAUCACAACCUCCAUCGCCCAGGUGAUUCUGAACGCCUUGUUCUUUAAGUACGAUCUGAAAACAGCUGUGGAAGCUUCCAGAGUCCACAACCAGCUGAACCCCAACACGACUGUGGCUGAGCCGGACUUUGACCAGAAGAUCCUGGACGGCCUGGCGGCGAAGAACCACGUGGUGGAACGACUCAAAUCCACCGCGGCGGUGGUGCAGGCGGUGGUGCGUCAUGGCAACCAACUGUAUGCCAAAUCAGACCCCAGGAAAUGGGGAUACGCUGCUGGAUACUAAGACAAACCUCACCCCCUCCUUCUCCACACCCCUCCCCCCAUCCCCCUCAUGCACACACAUACAGAAACUGCACCCCCCCCCACACACACACACACAGCCCCCCUCCCCUCUACACAUACCUGAAGCCCUACACCCAACUCCAUCCAGCUGGACAUCAAUCCACCCAGCUGCACAUACCUCCACCCAGCCCCAGCCCCACUCAGACCCAGCUAUACCCAGGUGCGUUUAACUAACCCAGCUCCACCCAGACCCAGCUCCACCCAGACCCAGCUCCACCCUGACCCAGCUCCACCCAGACCCAGCUCCACCCAGACCCAGCUCCACCCACACCCAGCUCCACCCACACCCAGCUCCACCCACACCCAGCUCCACCCACACCCAGCUGGUGUAAUGAGGAGCCCAGUUUCUGCCCUCUCAUUCUGGGCUUGAUGACCAAGUGCCUCAGUCUAUGAUUCUGAGUACAAUAGUAAUGAUCCACAUUGCACCAAAUAUUUGAUAAUGCCUCCAUAAGCAUAGAAGCUGCUUCCUUAAUACUUUUGCACAAGUAGUCUUCAAGUAUCGAAGGAGGGAUGUUGAAAAUCAGUUGUAUAAGUUCUACUUCAGUGUCACACGACGUUACAGAUGGUAAAACACUGAGAAACAUAGCCAAGAUUUAAAGCAAAGCACUGUACGGGAAACAUUUAUUUCCAAAUCACAGGAGUAAUGACGUGUUUUUUUCUGCCAUUGUCUAAUUCUGAAUAAAGAGUUUAUUUAUUUAUGACCAUUGUUUAUUAUAAA